UGUGCAGAGGCUUCUCCUGUGUCUUUAACGCAGAGACGGAGGUAAGCAGGCGAGGAGGAGCUCCCACCACACGCUCGUCCGCGUAAGCGGGAGGCUGUUAGACGCACUUGGAUUACCGGGCAGUCAACUGUCACCGCAACAGACCGGCGUCCUACUCCACGCUCCUCUCCUCUCCUCUCCCGCGCGCACCGCAGAUCAUUAAUUCUUCUCAUAAUUAAAAGGUAGACAUGUGGGGAAAGCUGUAGAAGCAUUUGAUUGAUUUUAUAAUGGGUUUUAUAUCCUUGGAUCUGAAAAAAAAGUUUUUAUUGACGCUGCGUUAAAUAGGAGCGCAAAAAGCUGGGAGUCAUUCUCGGUGGAAGGACUUCUCUGAGAAAGACGUCUGUGAUUCUCCUCAGCAUCUUAUUGUUUCACUCGGGCUGCAGUGUCAAGUCUGUUGAAGUGAGAGAUCUGCCUGCGAGAGGAAGAUAUGAGGUUAAUGGGCUCCAUUUGGAUCCUUUGGUUUCUCCUGGUGUGCAGGACGGCGGAAGGCACUGACUCAACCUCAGACCCAUCGCUCAGUCCUCAGCAGAGCAUUAUAGAGGGACAAAGUGUGCAGGCGCUGAGCCAGGGUCAAUACAAAUGUCUCGAGCUGUCCCGCAAAGGCCGCCAAGAAAACAGAACUGGGGUGCGCUGUGAUUACAUGUGGGAUGGUUUGUUGUGCUGGGAUGAGACACCAGCCGGGACAUCAGUAACACAAAAUUGUCCGCAUCAUCCUCAACUCGACCCGACUGAAAAAGUGACCAAAUAUUGUGAUGAAUCAGGUAACUGGAUCCAGACUGGCUCUACCUGUCAACAAACUUUAAAGGACAAAUUAGAGAAGGAAAUCCCUGAUUUUCAAAGGGACGCAGCAGCAGAGCCAACCACGGAGGCUCCAGGGGUUAGCACAGAGAAAAUUAUCCUUGAGAAUGAAAAGAAAUGCCAAGAGAAAAUGAAGAAUGAUCCACCUUAUAGAAAAUCAGGGCGGUAUUGCAGUCGUACCUGGGAUGGGUGGUUGUGUUGGGAUGACACUCCAGCGGACACGUACGCCUCCCGAAACUGCCCCGAUUAUUUCGGUGACUUCGACCCCACAGAAAAGGCAACUAAGUACUGUGGAGCAGAUGGGAAGUGGUUUCAACAUCCAGACAGCAACAGGACUUGGACCAACUAUACGCUCUGUGCAACCACCCAUGAGAAAAGGCAGAGGAAACUGAAGUUGCUUGAGAAUGAAUACAGAUGUCUCCUCAAAAUAAAACAAGAGCCACCGUCUACAAAAACAGGACUGUACUGCAACCGUGACUGGGAUGGCUGGUUGUGCUGGGACGACACUCCGGCAGGAACCACGGUCUCUCAGAGCUGCCCUGAUUAUUUUUCUGACCUCGACCCCACUGAAAGGGCAUCCAGGUACUGCAGAGAGGAUGGGCAGUGGUUUCGCCACCCAGAGAGCAACAAGACAUGGACCAACUAUACACUCUGUGCCAUCAACACUAAAGACAGGUUAAAGGCAGCCGCCCAGUUUUCCAGGGAGACUGAGGUCAACAGUGCCGACGAGGCCACGGUCAGUCCCACGGCUAAUCGGGAGCAGCAGGAAAUAAGGAGGAAAAAAAUCCUCGACAACCAGUACAAAUGCUUCGAGAAAAUGAAUCGAGAUCCGCCUUAUAACAAGUCAGGUUUGUACUGCAGUCGCAACUGGGAUGGCUGGCUGUGCUGGGACGACACUCCAGCGGGAACUUACACUUUCCAAAACUGCCCUAAUUAUUUUCAUGACUUCGACCCUACAGAAAAAGCAACAAAGUAUUGUGGAGAGGACGGGCAGUGGUUUCGUCACCCGGACACCAACAGAACUUGGUCUAACUACACACUGUGCAAUGAAAACACCAAUGCCAAGCUGAAGUCCGCCUACAUCCUGUUUUACAUGGCCAUCGUGGGCCAUGCUUUAUCCAUAGCCUCCCUGCUUAUCUCUCUGGCCAUCUUCUUCUACUUCAGGAGUCUGAGCUGCCAAAGGAUCACCCUCCACAAGAACCUCUUCUGCUCCUUUGUGCUCAAUUCUGCCCUUACCCUCAUCCACCUCAUCGCCGUUGUCAACAAUCCUGAAGUGGUGGCCAGAAAUCCGGUUGGCUGUAAGGUGUUGCAGUUCUUUCACAUGUACAUGUUGGGCUGUAAUUACUUCUGGAUGCUCUGUGAAGGCAUCUACCUGCACACGCUCAUCGUAGUGGCGGUGUUUGCGGAGGAGCAGCACCUGCACUGGUACUACCUCCUGGGCUGGGGUUUUCCUCUAGUGCCUGUAUCCAUCCACGCCGUGGCAAGGAAAAAGUAUUUUGACGACAACUGUUGGAUGAGUGUGGAGACCCAUCUGCUCUACGCCAUCCACGGCCCUAUAGUGGCAGCACUUCUUGUCAAUCUCUUUUUCCUGCUAAAUAUUAUCAGAGUUUUGGUUACCAAGCUGCGAGAUACGCACCGGGCAGAGUCCAACAUGUACAUGAAGGCAGUGAGAGCCACCCUGAUCCUGGUUCCCCUGCUGGGAAUACAGUUUGUCAUCAUUCCCUGGAGGCCGGAGAACCGGCUGGCUGGUGAAGUCUACGAGUACAUAAUGCACAUACUCAUGCAUUACCAGGGUUUGCUGGUAUCAACCAUAUUCUGCUUCUUCAAUGGGGAGGUGCAGGCAGCUGUGAAGAGACAGUGGAUGCAGUAUAAGACCCAGUGGGGUCAGAGACGAAAGGACCACUGCUCGAUGCGCUCCACGUCCUACACAGCCACCUCCAUCACCGAGGUACCCGCCUUCAUGUACCAUCACGACUGUAACACCGAACACUUGAACGGGCGCCACACGGAGGACUCUGAGCUGGUGGCGCUAAAGUCGGGAGACACAUACGCUUGAGUAACGCCGAGGAUAAAAUGUGUAACGGUGGAAAAAGCCGAGGACGAGCAACAGAGUAAAUGUACAGCAAAAAGAAGAAAAUGAAUUCAGUUCACCUGCCAUAUCUCAGCGAUUAAAUCUCCGAGGCUAAUGCCGGUUUGCUCAGCUCAGGAGGAUGAUAGAGGCCUGAAAACAAAAAGCUCAUUGACGUGGAUUAGCUACAAGGCUGACACUUUACUUUACAUUGCUGUUGCAGCUGCUUUUUCAGAACUUUGAUGUUGAGAACUUGUGACGUAAGGAGAGCUGCUUUUGACAUGUGUCGACUUCCUAAAGCUGCUAAACUGCGUGUGCACGCUCGCAGUGAUGGAGGCUUGCACUAGUGUGGAAAUAACUGUGACUGUGGUGGCAGAGAGGGUAGCAAAGUUUUCUUUCUUUUCCUGACGGUGCUGAAGGUGACAGCGACGAUGUAGAGGUGAAUAAUGACUGCGAUGGUGUUGAUGAUGACUAUCGAAGCGAAGUAGACGAACCAAUCAUUCCUAACCUCACCUAUACCAAAGGGUACUGUUUGGUGGUCACGACCGCGGGGGGGCUAUGUCCAGCUAAGCACAGGUGCCAUAAAGCAAAAGACACGGACGCAAACACACACGCAAACGUCAGCAAACCUCAUAGACCUGAUCAAAUGUGCCAUGAAAGAGGUCAACUUUCAGAAGACCCUCUGCGCUCCAACCUCUGGAAUUGUGUACAUAAUGUAUGUUCACCAUGUUUCAUUUAAAAAAAGUGUUUUAAAUGUUUUAAAAAGAUUUUUGUUUCCCCCCCCCACCCACACUUUCUAUCAAUGUUUUAUUCUUGCCGAUUCCCUAGUACGUGCUCAGUAAAUGUCCCGUGAUGCUGCAUUCCUGACUGCUUUGUUGUUAUGCAGUUGCUGUAUUUGUGCCGAUGCUGAAGCUCACAGGGCUGUGACGCAAAAAUGCACACACACGAAGUACUUCAAAACUAAAAAUAAAACCGUUCUGUUGAGGCUGAAGAGCCACCGGAGUUGAUCCACUGUGUUCUGAGUUAUGAUUCAGUCAGCUCUGCCAAUGAUUCUAAUUUAUCCUCGGCCAUCCUUUCUGAGCUCAUGUUGUCUCUAAUCUGUCACCUGCUUUUAUCCGAGAAAAGAGAAAGGCUCGCUUAAGAUCAAAUCCAAACUGUAUGCACACACUAAACCUACCGAUGUCUUAAAUGCAUGUUCGCGUCUUUGUCACGGUCUUGCACAAACAUGAUGUUUAAACUCAUCCAUCAGUGGUCCUAAACACGUUCCUAUUACUCCUCUGCCUUUUCUUUAUUAGGCUUGGUUAAGGGUUUGUUGAAACCUGAGUAAAUGCUGUGUCUUGCAUUUAUCUGUGCAAGGUCCUUCAAAUCUGAUCAUUUUUUAAACUGCAUGUCCAAUAAGAGACAUUUCAGUUCCACCAGAGCAAAACAUUUAUAUUUCUAGAGCAUGUAGCCAAUGGCUAUUAAAUCCUCUGGCUGCUCACAUUACUGUGAUUUGUUUUUGCCUCCUUAGCAGCAACUUCUCUUUGCUUACAUUGUCAAAAUGGAAAAGCGUUCCAAGUUGAGCUAAAUUCUUGGUAAAAGGCAUGUAGAAGUAACAUCUUAUAUAAUAAAGCUGGUAAUACUCUGUGUCUUUUGCACUUUUAGUAAGCAGAAAUUCAGCAGUGCGUCAGCGCGAGUUGUUCUCGCUGGCGCUCGUGCUGAUUUCUCCCAAAUAAAGAUGUACGUCUUUUAACAUGUAAACACAUUUACUUAUCUAGUACUUUAAACUAAAGGCUGAGUACUCGGGGGAGGGGGAGACCCCGGACCUUUUAAAAAAUAUUACUCAAACAAAGGUUUGCUCAAGAGUUGUCUGCCAUAUUGGACGUGAUACAACCACCGAUUGUGAAGUGUGUGUUCCCCAAGUGGUUGGCAAGUGAUUACCAGAGGUUGUUGGCUGUCACUUGGUGAAAUCGAAUGCAAAGAGGGCACGGCACCAGGACACUUAUGAUUGCUGUGGUGGUGAUCAAAUUGUUGUGGUCACCUGUAAAUGGCAUAGGAGACACUGUCUUGUCUGCAAACACUCACUUUUAAACCACCAACUACUAGAAGUGUAAUAAAACUUGACAAAGUGGACGGAGAGCAGAGAAUGUUCCCCUCAGUUUCAGUUUGUUGACCAAUCAUUUUCAUUGUUUUUGUCAAUUAUCUUUAUUUUUCUGACAAAAACAAGGUGAUAACGAAAUAAAAACUCAUGCCAACGAAUAAAAUCGAGAUAAAAUAAUUCUGAAAUGAGAUCCAAUCAAAACUAAUUAAAUUUGUUUUCUUCAGGAGGAAGAGAAGAGUAGACUUAUGGGCACAUUUUGUUAUUUUAUGUCAAGGAAGAUCAGACGCUUUGUAAAUCAUGUGGAGCAACUCAACAAACUUUUAGACUUUUUGUUUUGGUCAACUUUAGAUUUAGUCAACUAUAGUCUUAUGACAUUUAGCUAACUAAGACUAAACUAAAACUAAAUGAUGUUUUAGUCAAAAGACUAUGACUAAAAUGAAAUCAAAAUUUGAUGUUGAAGGUUCACCUUCAAAGUAAAUGUGCGAUCCACCCAACAAGUUUCAAAAGGCUUUUACUGUGAAGGAAAACGGUCUUUGCUUCCAGGUUGUGUCGUACUCUUUGCACUUUCACUGCUGCUCAGAGAGUUGUGAGUGUUUGUUGCAUGUAACUACAGGCAACCAAAACACAAGUUUGUUGCCAGGGAGUCACUGACCAGUCUGUAGGCCUGUGUGACUGGAGCCUUAAUCACUUGACCCUGCACUGUCAUCAUGUUCAUCGCACGUCUAAGGUGGCAGACAAGUAAAAUCCCAGCCUCAAUACAUGGUGCCUCUGAUCAUUUUAGAGAUUAGUUUCAACUGUGAACAAAGAAUCACUAUUAAUAAUUCUGAAAUCACAAAAAUCAAUUCAAAGGUGUUUGAAAAACUAAAUUGGCUACAUAUAUAUAUAUAAAUUAGAAAACAUUUUUACUUUCAUUUUAUGUGUACGUGGUGCAUUUGUUGAAUGUGUGCUCAGUUUUUAUUUGCCUUGUCAUUGUCAACUGUUGGGCACCACUUUGUGAGAGAUUAGAAUAAGAAAAAGUAAAUAUAUAUAAUCUUUAUACACAUUGUGAGAUCACUGUCCGAUAUGGAUAAGAGAUGCUCCACAGGUAUCCAUGCAGAAUAAGUUUGUACAUUGUAAUGAUUGUAAGAAUUGGCUUGUUGAUAUUCAUUAAUCUGUAAGUAUUUGCUUUCUUUAAUCAAAGGAAAAUCAUGUGAAUGCAGACCAUUUUAAAAAAUAUUUUCAAAGCUAUAUAGGAGAUUUAUCUGAGUACAUCUGAGCACUCACCACUGAGAGCGAAUCACACAGAGUCAGUCAUGAAUCAGGUCAGAAAAUCAAAUCAUUUUGAUGAAAUUACUCAAAUCAGGGAUGCCACUAUUUACUAGUUGUAAUGGCGCAGCUUCGCUACAGUACAUAAACCCCACGCUGCACAAGCUGAAUGCAUUCAGUCCCUUUUCAUGGCUUCACCUGGCAAAUCCUCUUACAGCCCCCACCCCUUUGCAUAAAACAGACAUUGGGAUAUGUUUCAUAUUUCAGUGACGUUUAUGUUACCAGCUGGCUGUAAGGAACUAGGAAGGACCGUAGAGAGACAAUCAUGAUGGCAGAAUAGGUUUUACUGAUUCAAAUGUUUUAGUAUGAGAGAAAAAUUAUUUAUUUUAGUAUGAAAUACAUCUUCCUCUUCAUUUUUAUUAUGGUGAUGUUUCCUGGAUCUUGUGCACACUGUAAGACAUAUUAUUAGUCUUGUGGAUUCUGGAUUCUAUAUAUUUUGUAUGUUUGUUCAUGCCCAUGUAAAUACAAGCAAACACUGUGUACAUAAUAGAUUUUUGCACUGUGAAAUUCUAUGAUGAUUAUUUUUGUUACCCCCCUCCCUUCUCAUUUAUUUUUGGCUUGUGUUUGUCUCUUUCUCCUUCUCAGCUUGGACUAGCAUCAUCUCAGAGCUGAUAAAAAAAUGUAUUUUGUAAAAGCCA